AAAGCGUCAUGACUACACUUCAAGCCUAUACUUUUACAGUAAAAUAAAAAUGACGUAAACCAGUACAGCUGAUGGGGAUUAGAUGGAUUUUGAUGUUGACUGUUGUUUACUUUCUUAACAUAACCAAAUUCUUUAAUAGAAAGGAGGAGAAAUGUAUCAAUAUUCAGAGUUAAUAAAACUUUCAACAAGCUAUGCUCAGCGUAUGAACAAGCUGAGCCGUCGUAUUUUUGGUGAAGCAGUCCGGGACACAACUGCUAGCUCCAGGAAGGUGGUGCGGCUGAUGGCACAACAACCAGACAACAAGAAUCCAGAGAAGAUGGUGUGUUACUAUCCCCGCCACGUAGAGACAGGUCUGCUUAUGAUGAAAUUGCGAGAGUAUGGGUUGUUCAGAGACGAGCACCAGGACUUCAAGGAUGAGAUGAAGCGACUGCGUGAGCUAAGAGGGAAGUACAAGUAUUCUCCUGCUAUCGAUGGUUGGCCCGAAGGUUUUGUGAGGAAGAAGAAACAGAAGAAAUCAGAAGCAUAGAUUCUAUUAACUGUACAGUUAAAGUACAGUUAAUAAUUUGUUUGUAAAUAUAGCAGUUUUGAUAAGUU